CAAAAAAUGGCAGUUUCAUCACAUCAUGUAGUUCUCUUCCCUUACAUGUCAAAGGGCCACACAAUCCCUCUCCUCCAAUUCGGCCGUCUCCUCCUCCUUCACCGCCGCGAACAAGCAACCAUAUCCAUCACCGUCACCGUCUUCACCACUCCUAAGAACCAACCUUUCGUCUCCGACUUCCUCUCCACCACACCGGAGAUCAAAGUCAUCUCUCUCCCUUUCCCCGAAAAUAUCCUCGGAAUCCCUCCCGGUGUCGAGAGCACCGACAAGCUCCCUUCCAUGUCACUCUACGUGCCCUUCACGCGCGCCACGAAGCUUCUCCAACCUUUCUUGGAAGAAAAACUCAAGAAUCUUCCGGAAGUUUCCUUCAUGGUGUCCGAUGGAUUCCUCUGGUGGACAUCUGAAUCGGCAGCUAAGUUCAAGAUUCCAAGAUUGGUCUUCUACGGCAUGAACUCUUACGCAUUUGCCGUCUCCAUCUCGGCUUCCGAACACAAACUCUUCAUUGAACCGGAAAUUGAAUCUGCUACAGAACCGGUCACUGUACCAGACUUUCCAUGGAUCCGAGUCAAGAAGUGUGAACUCAACCAUGGUACUCAAUCAAGUCAAGGGGCCGAACUAUUCAUGGACCAAAUCAUAUCGACCAAUAAAAGCUAUGGGUUUUUAAUAAAUAGCUUCUACGAGCUUGAGUCAACAUUCGUCGAUUACAACAACAACUCUGAUAGACCAAAGUCGUGGUGUAUAGGGCCGUUGUGUUUGACAGACCCCCCUAAACCGGAGCGUGUUAAACCGGCUUGGAUUCAUUGGUUGGACAGGAAAGAAGCGGAAGGACGUCCGGUUUUGUACGUGGCGUUUGGAACGCAGGCAGAGAUAUCGAACAAGCAACUUGAGGAACUAGCUUUAGGCUUGGAAGAUUCCAAGGUAAACUUUUUAUGGGUCACAAGAAAAGACGUGGAAGAGAUUAUUGGAGAAGGAUUCAAAGAUAGAAUAAAGGAGACUGGGAUGAUAGUGAGAGAUUGGGUGGACCAGUGGGAGAUAUUGUCGCAUGAAAGUGUCAAAGGAUUCUUGAGUCAUUGUGGAUGGAACUCAGCGCAAGAGAGUAUAUGUGUUGGGGUCCCAUUGUUGGCUUGGCCAAUGAUGGCGGAGCAACCACUCAACGCAAAGAUGAUAGUGGAGGAGAUAAAGGUUGGAGUAAGAGUGGAAACCCAAGACGGGACUGUGCAAGGAUUCGUGACAAGAGAGGAACUAAGUCGAAAGAUUCAAGAACUAAUGGAAGGAGAAACGGGAAAAACCGCAAGAAAGAAUGUGAAAGAAUACUCAAAAAUGGCAAAAGCAGCUUUGGUCCAAGGGACUGGUUCGUCUUGGAAGACUUUAGAUUUGCUGCUUGAAAAACUAUGUAAGAAUAGCUAGAGAGCCAAACGAUGUUAAUAGGUAAUUUAAGUAUGAAGAUUGAUGAUUGAUAAUUGAACCGGUUUUAGACCUUUUGAAAUAAGUGAUAUAACGACAAUCAAUAC